AGGGAUUCUGGGAGCUGAAGUCCAACAAACCGUAAAGUCGCCCAGGUUGGAGACCCAAAAGGGGAAAAAAGAUGCUCUCGUAGACGGCGCGUUGCCAGUGAGCGGCUGAGCUGCCCGCCUUUCCUCUGGGCUUUUGCAGGUUCCCGGGAGGAUCGGUGUCCUAAAAGGAUUCCAAGGCGCAUCCCGAAGAUAAAACCAUGUCCAAAAGAAAAUGCCUCUUUACGGAGAAAACCAGGCGCAAUUAUCCCGAUUUCCGCAAAGGUAGAGAUGACUAUGAAGCGGAGUGUUUGGUCUGCAAACCUGGCACCUUUGUGUCCGUCGCACACAAAGGUCCCGGGGACCUGGAGUAUCACAUGUCCUCCGACAAACACAAGAAAGCACUCAAAGCAUACAAGCGCAACAAAGCCAUACGGCGGGACAAUUGGUGUGCCAAAACAGACUUCUUUGUGGAUCCGGACAGCGAAACGGAGGAGGCCGUCACUGCAAGCGACAGCAAGUUAGCAUUCCGCGCUGUCAUGAAUCAUGACGCUGACAAAUCAGUGGGUGACAAUUCGGACUUGCUGAGAAAGUUGUUUUCGGAGGCAGAGCUAGCUCAAAAAUUUCCCAAUGUCCAAAGCAAAAGAGAAGGGAUUCAACAUUGCAUGCUUGCCCAACGUCCAGUGAGCCUUGACCUGAAGGCCCUGGAGGAACAUGGCAUCCCUUUCUGCGGGGUGGCUAUAGAUGACAGCAGCCACAGGGCCCUGAAAAUGGUCCCGGUACUCAUCCAAUAUUACGACUACAGGAACGGUGGCUUGAAGACCAAACUCCUGGAACUCCAGGAAAGUCCCACUGAGAUGGAUCUUUCAGACUCUCUGGUCAAAGCUCUUAAGAAACACAGGUUGCUUCAGAAGUGUGUGGCGUUCGCGGGGGACAACUGCAACACCAUGUUUGGUGACAUUGGGCAAGAGGAGGAGGCGAGGGCCGUGUUCACCAGGCUGAAGAAAUCCCUCCAGAGAGAGACGUUGAUCGGGGUGCACUGCCCUGCCCACGUUUUGCACAACUGCAUCCACCACGGAGCAGACGCCCUCGAGGUGGACGUUGAGAACAUCAUCCUCAAGAUCUACCAGUACUUCCACAUCUAUGCGGUGCGGACGGAGCCCCUGCAAGAAUACUGUGACUUUGUGGAGGUGGAAUACAAGCAGCUGCUCUCCCACGUCAGGACCCGCUGGCUCUCCUUGUUCCCGGGCAUCACGAAGCUGCUCCAGAUGCAUUCGGCCCUGAAGUCCUUCUUCUUGGGCCAGAGCAACCCGCCCGCCGUGCUCAAGAGCUUCUUUGAGCACGAGUUCGGGGAGCUCUACCUUUGGCACAUGCACUCGCUGAUGAACGCCUUCCAUUUGCACAUUGAGGAGAUGGAGCGGGAAAAUAACUCCCUGGUGGAGGUGAUGAAGACGCUGGACUCUGUGCACACCAUCCUGCUUGACCGUCGAGCCCAGAACUUCAUGUCCCUGACGGUGAAGGGGAUGCUUGCCGACAAGCGCAAGGAGGGCCUGGAGGCCGGAUGUGAUGCCUUCUCCGAGGCCGUGCGUCGCCUCUACAGUCACUGCAUCGACUACCUGGAGAUGUGGAUGGCAUCUCUGCAAGAGUUUUCCUGCUUCACCUGGAUGGCCCUGAGUGACACACCCAGCUGGGGUGACGUGGAAGCGUGCAUAUCGUACUUGCGUGUAAAGGGUCUGGGAAUUGACAGUAGGAAGUGCUUCAUCCAGUUCAACAACCUGAAACAAUUUGUGGACGCUUCCAGAGACGACGAAGAGUUCCAGCAUCUGCUUUCCCACGAGAAAUGGACCAAGUAUUUUCUGAAUGUCAACGGCGUCGAAUGCUACUCAGAACUGUUAAAAAUUGUGCAGGUUUUUUUUUCAAUUCCCUCCUGCAGUCUAAAUACUGAGCACUUCUUCUGCCAGAUGGAACUCCCGUAGACAACGGUGCCAAUUUCUGUCCCUAAAAGUAAAUUUGGUUCCACCACAAAACCGCAGUCGACUAAAGCGCGCUCGAUGAAACUGCGUACCUGAUGUCAUCAC